AUGAGCUGCAAUAUAAAACAGAUCAAUGUUUCAGUUGUAAUCUCUUUUCCUUUACCAGAUGCUUCAUUCGCAACAACAAGCUGCUCUUACACUGACCUGGUGGAAUACCUCAAUCUAACAGAUACUCAGCGCUUUCUUAUGGUGCGUCCAGUUACCAACUGGCAAGAUCCAACUUACGUCGAAGUGGAUAUGUCAUUGGAUAACAUUGUUCAACUUGAUGGGAAGACUCAAAGACUUACAAGUAUAGUGUGGUUUGAAAUGGUGAGUGUUAGAGCUCAAUCUAAUACUUGGAAAAAUAGUUUUAUUUCAUGGAAUCCAGAUGAUUUCUGUGGAAUAAAAAAAAUGAAGAUCCCCUUGGACAUUCUAUGGAUGCCUGAUAUCUAUAUUUAUGAAAACAUAGAUGAAGAUUUAUCCAUCAAAGUCAAUUUUCUAGAAAUAAACUAUGAUGGCACUGUUUCUCAGUCCAAGCCCUGGAGGAUUGUCACCAGCUGCAAUAUGAAUGCAUAUGGGUUUCCAUUUGAUAGGCAGACAUGCUUUUUAACAUUCGGCCCUUAUGUAAAUACAGUGGAGGAAAUAAUUGUGGGAGCUGCAUCCAAUUCCACCACCGUACAGAAGCUUACUGACCAACACUAUAUUGAUAGAGGAGAAUGGGAUCUUCAGAGUAUUGAAGUCAGUAACCAAAAUCUGACAUUUGGAGAGGAAGUAUUUAGUAAAGUCAGAUACACAUUAAACCUACGGCGAAUACCAGUGCUCUAUAUUAUUAAUCUGGUGGUUCCAGCAUGUUUCCUCAUCAUCCUCGACUUUGCCAGCAUGUUUAUUCCCAUUAAUGGAGGGGAAAGAUUAGGAUUCAAGAUCACAGUUGUCCUCGGAUUUUCUGUGCUGCUACUGAUCAUGAAUGACCUUCUGCCAAGUACUAGCAGUACACCUUUGUUAGGAGUCUUCUUUUCACUCAGCAUUGCCCUGAUGGUUAUCAGCAUCUUUGCAACAAUUAGCAUCCUUUAUAUGGUGGAAUUAUCUUCAAUGCGGAAAGGUGUCCCUAUUUUUUUGAAGAAAUGGGUGCUGACAUAUCUGGCAAAGAUUUUGCUGGUGAAACACCAACCUGUAGGUAGUGGAGAUGCAGCAGAAAUCAAUCAUACUUUUACAAACAUCAACCUGGCAAAUAAUUUAUCAGAAACAAUGAAAGAAGAACAGGCUGUGGACAAUAGCAGAGCACAAGUCAAGCUCUGGAGGAAAUUGCUCUCUGAAGUCACCAGGAUUCGUCAGCAGUUGGCCAAAAUCAGACAAGAUGAAGAGACUCGCUCAGAGUGGCAGAUGGUGUCUUAUGUGGUGGACAGGUUCACGUGCAUCCUUUACUUCUUGACUAUGGUGAUCAGUAUGACAGCAGUAAUAGCUGUUUGGGGAAGAGGAUGAGAAUAAAACUACAGACUGAAUUUUGCAAUGCACUCUCUUACAUGUACACGUUGGCCAUUUUUUAUUUUCAGUGUUAGCCUGAAAAGGUGUUUUUUUGACUCAUGAGAAAAUUACAUUGCUUUCCACCAAUUUGAUUCACUGGUUUUUGCUCAAAAUUUACUGCAUUAAACACAAGCUGAUCAUUCUAACAGAUGAUGAUAACAGAAUGAACGGAGAAUAACUGAGAAAUGUACUGUCCUCACUGAAUACAAACUCAGUUUACCAGUUAGCUGCGUACCCAUACAAACACAUCUCUGGAAGUCAUCAGGAAAUCAUCACCUCCUCUAUGACUUCCAUAAGCCUGUAAGAUGCUCGUAAUUGACCCCACUCAAAAUGAGAGAGUUAUAGUUUGCAAUCAUUGUAGUAUCUUUCAUCAAACUGUUUAAUUCUUAAUCUGAUUUUCCAUUUAAAGAAUCCUCCCAAUUCACAACAUCUUCCUGAAAUCAGUCCUUAUUAGGUUAGGCUAUCUACUAGGGAGCCGCUUCAUUGUGAGCAUUUACACAGGCAGAAAGUGUGAAACUGCAGAUUGAAUUUCAUAAACAGAUGUUCAGUGCAGACUUCAUAAAAUUACAAUGCACUUUGCAUAAAAAAC